UUUUCUUUUUUUUAAUCUCAAUCUUGACCAUCUUGACUCCAAAGUUUUUUUCCCCUGACCUGGGUGUUGCCUCCCUGGCUUACGACUCUGGAGCUUCCCGGGAGUGUCGCUCGCUGACAAAAGAGGACGAGUCAAACCGGAAUAGUUUGUGAAACGACGCCAUUUUUUGAAGUUAAAUUCCUUGUUCCCGUGUAUUUUUUCUGUUUGUGCCAUACUUUGAAGGCCACACGGGGCUGGCAUUAUUUUAGCCGCUGUUAGCUUCGAGCUUAGCUAAGCUAACCGAUAUCAAUCCGCUGUAACGUUGCCAGAGGGAGAGCAGUCCGAUGCAGGCCAUUAAGUGUGUGGUGGUGGGGGACGGAGCUGUGGGUAAAACAUGUCUGCUCAUCAGCUACACCACCAACGCCUUCCCUGGAGAGUAUAUCCCCACAGUCUUCGACAACUACUCUGCCAAUGUGAUGGUUGAUGGGAAACCGGUGAACCUGGGACUGUGGGACACAGCAGGACAGGAGGACUACGACAGACUCAGGCCUCUGUCCUACCCACAGACGGAUGUGUUCCUGAUUUGUUUUUCACUUGUCAGUCCAGCUUCUUUUGAAAACGUCCGUGCCAAGUGGUAUCCCGAAGUGAGACACCACUGCCCCAACACGCCCAUCAUCCUGGUGGGUACCAAGCUGGAUCUGAGAGACGACAAGGACACCAUCGAGAAGCUGAGGGAAAAGAAACUCGCUCCCAUCACCUACCCUCAGGGCCUGGCCAUGGCGAAAGAAAUAAGUGCAGUGAAGUAUCAGGAGUGUUCAGCUUUGACACAGCGCGGCCUUAAGACAGUGUUCGACGAAGCCAUCCGGGCGGUGUUGUGCCCCCUGCCCAUGAAGAAGAAGGGCAAGAGGUGCAAAUUACUGUAGAGGAGGUUCACAGAGGAACGCAGACAAAAUUUAAAGAUAAAUAAAUAAAUCAACGGUUUCAUUCAGACCUUUCCUACAAAGAGGGGGGAAGGUAGAUGGUGGUAUUUGGGCUCCCUAAAUAUCUGCACACUUCAUGCUUACAGAGAGAAGCUCUGGUAGCUCAGACUUCCACCUGAAAGUACUGCACAGAUUAAAGCAGACUACAAGGCUACGUUCAGAUUACCAGGCAGAUUGUUUUUUAGAUCAGAUGAGAACACUUAAAUAAGAAUUAUGCUGCUUGUCGCCUCCACACUUGUGCCCGAGAUUUGACGUCAUCGACCUGCACCACAGAGUCGUGGGGAAAUCAAAGAAAAACAGGAGGAGAGUGUCGUCCUCUAACGCUAAAUCUCGCCUCCACUAAUCUGCCGGCGACGGCUUCCGUUUUGAGUUUCCUCUACUGGGAUCAAUAAAGGUACAUUCCAUCUUAUCUUUUCCCGCUGCAACACUACGUGGUCGUUUUCUCUGUCAUUGUUAAUGACUCGUGCAAGAAAGGUUUUAGUGCGACAAAUCUGAUCUGGUAAUCUGAACGUAGUCCCCCGAGUGUCUGUCUGGUCCUUUCAGAUUGACAGGAAACACCAUAACUUUGCUAAAGCCUUUUUUUGGGGGCGGGGGGAUUUUAAGGUUAAAGGUUUUCAGUUUUUUGACAUCGUGUCAUUUAUUGUAGAGAAACACUACUUUAAAAUGAUAAAUAAAUAAACAUGAAUUUAUCAUAGAUUUUACUAAAAAAAAAGAAAGAAAACUGAAGGUGGUCUUGCACUGCACUCUUUCCCUCACUCACACAAAAGAUUCCUGCUGCCUUGAUUCAAAUUUAAAACUUCAUUUCUUUUUUUUAGAAGCUCAAAUCUUUUCUUUUUUUUUUUUAUUGUCAGCUGUUGUUUUGUUUACACAAGUCGUAGUCGCUCCAUGAACACUAACCCUCCAUCGAUGCAGUCACGGAGAAAUGGUAUAACACUUAAAUCACUGAAUUGACUUGUUUUGCAGCAGCUGAUGAGUAAAAGAAUGAAAUAAAAAUAUCUGAUAGUUAAACUGUAUAACAGGUAGUUAUUAUCUCUUUUUUGUUCCUAGACGCUUUCAAGAUUAAUCACUUUCUCAUGCUUUUUUUUGUCACUGUUUUAAAUGAAUACAGUGUUUUAUGACUGUCAGGCGUGCAAAGGUGCAGUGCAGCCAAAGUUGUACUGGCUUUGUCUUUUUUCUUGUUUUCUUUUAAAGAUUUAUACCCUUCAUUUCAAAUUUUUACUCUUUUCUUUCCUCUUUAAAAAAACAAAAAAGUGCUUUGAAUAAUCAGGCAUUUUAUUCAGUAUGUGCUACUAUUGUUAACAGUAUAUAUAUAACCAUUUAAUAAUUAUUACACCCCCCUUACCCUCAUCUAUUACAGUUUUCUGAAGUCUGUGAGCCAGUGAACGAGCGGUUGUAAACUCAUUU